CAGAUCUCUAAGGGACGCAAGAGGCGCCCCCUUUAGCUCCAUGCGAUCCAUGCACUCCAUGCCAUCAUGCGAGCGGGCAAACCUUAUGAUAGAAUAGUUUAUAGAACGGAUGUAGGAUGGACUUGGAUGGAUCGGGUGGACCCUCCUGAUUCUUCCGAUCCUACUUGAAAUGGUGGAAAGUCCAUCCGAUCCAUCCGAUCCAUCCCAUCCCCGAUCUGGCACCCCUAUAAAUUAUUCUAUUAAUUAUGAAUUAGUCUGUUAUAACAGAAUAUCAAUUUUUUUUUCACAUGCCUUCCUAGUACCACGACCACCUGCAAGACCUAGAACAUGCUGAUGUUGAACACGAAGAUUAUUGAAUCCAGCAGCGUCAUGGAUGAUACAGGAGGCUUCCACCCCUCGCCCUCUAUUGUUUCGAUCUUCAUCUUACUCCUUGAUGUUUACUCUCGAAAUACAGAAUUAUUAUACAUAGAAACAAGAUCGAUGACUGCCUUCAGCCUCCUGUGUAAAGAAAUAAAUGUAGCUACCACGUCCCUCCUGUAAAAUCUCAUCCAUGUUGCUCAAGCUGUGCCAUUUGUUAUUUCCAUUCAACAUUAAAUAUCAAGUAGAUUGAACGUCAUUGUUUUAGUUCUAGUCGCCAGCAGUGCCAGGCGUGCUUCUAGUUCUAUUGAAUUCUACUUGAGAUGGAAAAUGAUCUGAAGCCGAAAAACAGAGUCCUAGCUCUUGCGUAGUUGUAGAUAUACCUAUAUUUCUUGCUGUCACCAACCAACAGGAGUAACAAUGUGGUCGUGGUAAGAUGAAGAUUAAAUUGUUCUUUAUUUUCUCCAGAUCUUCGAGCCAGCGACUUCUACAUACUUUUAUUUACUCUUUGUCUUCAUUUCUUAAGCUAACUUCGUGUCUUUUAGCCAUACCCUGUCAGUACCCUCAGAUCAUGAGUUGUAUUACGUGAUAGGUGGUAGUACGUAGUUCUUCUUGUUCUUUUUUUAUUUCCUCGCUUGUAUUCUCAUCGUGUUCAUCAUUGAUUAAGUAGAAAUAUCUCAAAGAGCAAAGUCUGUAGCUCGACAUCAUGACCAUACUACAACUAAUUUCUCGUAUACUAUGAGUAAGAUCAUUGACAUUGUCAACAUAUUGCAUUUUUUCUUUCAGAAUUCAAUGAUCUUAUUAUUUCACGCUCUGAGAACAAGUAAGUAACAUCAAGGAUGUCAGUCUUGUGGGCUGGUGAUUGUGUCUGCUGCGGGCAGCAAGGAAAACUGGGCUUCUCGCGCCGACACCAGGGCUUCUAUUGUUGUGCAUGUCAUGAUUACUUCGAUUCCUCAUCGUCCCGUGAGGCUUCCGUUUCGGUUGGGGGCACCUCUGCUGGGGGUGGUCUGAAUACCCUUGGUGGUGACUGUGGCAGUAACAGCAACCUUGUUGCUGUGGGUAGCUCGAACAAUCUGGCAAGCAGUGGCGGUGGAGGUCCCAGAUCUUUUGGGUGCGUGGGCAGCUUCGGUCUUGGAUCAAGACCCCUGAUCGGAGGUGGCCUAGUCGGCGGACGAGUUCGUGGUGUGAACACAGGCUCACUCACGACCAGUGCAGGAGCAGAAGCUGGAGAUGGUCCUUCGAGCCGUGGGCCAUCAAUUAGAGCAGAUCAUCACCAUCAACAAGGAUCUUCCGGGUUGAUCCGUGGUCCGUCUCUCAACGCACGUAGUGGCCAUAACAGCGCAACACAUUAUGGACGAGCAGGCGGAUUUCGGUCAGCGGAACAGAACUUCGCCAGCAAUGAUCUUCGAGGAGUUCGCCGAGGCGGGGAUCACAAAAGUACUCCUGGUAUCGAUGCCGGAGUAGGCGGAGGUCCGGUUGAAGGAGCACCGAAUGACUUCUCCUUCUCACCAGAACCGCGUGAAGGAGGCGUGGUCGUUGUUCAGCAGGAAAAUUGUUUUGAUGAGGAGGAUGAACCCAGCACUUGUAGCCCCCAAAGUUUGCACACAACCACGAAAGAUAUCCCGCAAGCAUCAACAGGAACAUCGACUGGUGCUGGAAGAACACCUGCAAGGCGGGGCGCCACAGCAUCCUCUUCAACUGGUGAAGGGGCAUCCUCAUCCUCUAGCCGAGCGAAUGGCCGCAGUCGUGGACAGCACCUUCGUAAGGAUGCAUCCGAAGACGAUUUUUUCGCCUACGCUAUACGACCCCCAUUCUCCAGAUUUGAUUAUGGCAAUGGCAAACAAAGAGAAUUAUACGAAAAAUUAAUGAAUAACGAUUUAAUGAAUAGACAUAGAAGAGAUGACAGACACAGACUAAGAGUUGUGACACUACUAAGUAAGUACUUGUUUCUAGGGCUUUUCCGCACAUCGUCGUCGUUCUCUAAUUUGGACAGCAGAUUGUAGUGAGUGCGGGAUCCUCACGACGGCACAGCGAACGUGGAACGGGAGCGUCGCUCUGGAUUUCAGCCGAGCUCUUGAUCGCGCAUAUGCUAUGGUACACUGAAUUCGACCGCCUCGAGCUCUCUCCAGACAUUGCUGAGCGAGUUGUGAAGGGCCGACGAAAUCAGCAGGUGCUGGGACUAGGCGCAAUGCAGAUACAGCAAUCUUCUCCGAUGAAUUUGAAGAGUGAGGUGGUGAGCAAGCAUUUUGUUGGAGGUGCAUCUUCAUCAAAUAAGACUGGCGAAGUCGAAACGAAUUUGAACAACCUCAACAACCUGAACAGUGGAGGAAAGGGCGAGUGCUUGCUAAAAGAUGGUAGUGCAUCUACUAAGGUAGAUGAGCACCAGCAAGUUGCGAAACAGCCAAAUCAAGUAGGAGAACAAGGGCAAAGGCAAACACCAAUCGACCAGCAAUUCUUGCACGUGCAGGUUGACAUCAUGAACACUCCUGACUUGAAAAAAGACGAAGGUGGCAGCACAGUAGGUGGGCAGCAACUGGCGCAACCACGCAUGGACACCACCAGCAACGUCGAUCUUCACAAUGGAGGUGGAAUUAGCGCGAGCAUGAAGCGGGUGCGCGAGAGUGCGAGUUCUAUCGCUUCGUCACCCCAAGAAUCGGCGGAAUCAGGAGACGAAGACGCAGACAUGGAGGACAUCGGCUCAGGCGGCUCUUCAACCACGGCAUCGUGGAUAGAUCCUGCUGAGCAUGAGCAUCGAACACGGGCGCUUAUCGACGAAGUUUGUGACGGUAUUGAGCGUCCAUUUGUCAGCUCGAUGCUCAAUGGAGUUGACGUGGAAGCCUUUUUCUUCGAAGCUGCCGCUCUGUUGCAGCAGUCGUCCUCGUCUAUUGUACCAUCAAGCACGGAGUCAGCACAAGCAGCUGCAUCGAGCACCUCCAAAUUCAAUGGCAAGAGCAACAGUGUUAAAACUAGCGCCAUUGAUUUUUUUCCUUUAACGGAAAAUGACUUGCUGGAUGCGAAUGGUUUGCUUCCUCAGCCGCCUGCGCUUCAGGUGGUUACUUUUUUCGACGAGGAUGCCGAUCACUCACCAACGACGGGAAGAAAGCGAACGACGCGGAAGCGAUUUCGCAUUCAUGAAAACGCUGUAGUGCUGGAACUAGGCUGUGGGUUGGCGCAGCCUUCGAUUUCUCUAGGGCUCAACGCCGCUGCCAAGGCGUACGCGGAACUGCAGUUAAAUCCUGCGUUGCUGGUGGAUAAAAAGCGCGGCGACCCUGUCAUGCUGAACCGCAUUGCGAAAAAUGUUGAUGGGGUACGGAGCCUUCAUCUAGCAGGUGGACAGCAGAUCGACAAUCAAGGCUGUCCAGACCAGAGCAGCACUGCGGAGGAACUCUUCUACCAUCGUGAUCGGAAAAUUCGUCAUCUCGACCCGUCGCUUGCACCUCCGACAGUCAGACCCGCGUCUCCAGCUUCACUCUUCAACACGACCAUUGCAGGGCCAUCGGUGAACGCGACUUCAUAUUUGCCGUCAUUGUCUUUCUCGCAAGACAAUGCUUGUUCUUUAUCCACGCCAAGCAACGGUGCGGUACCCUGGACAUCCGCACCGCUCGGACCACGCGGAAUCUGCGGCGUAGUUGCAUCUUCGGGGCCGCGUGAGCAUAAUAAUUCGACAUACGCCUGCGUUCUGGCGCCGCCCUGUCUUGUUUCCGAGAACAAGAACAAGGAGACCAGCACUACAGCGACGUCAUCAGCCACCUCAGAAGAUGGUAGCAGAAAUGGAAAACAUGACCCAUCAAACGCGAUCAUAAAAUCCCCCCAUAUGACGAGCAUAUUGAAGCCAAAUCGGCGGUACGCGCAAGUCGUUGCAACCGAUUUACCCAUAGUACUGCCAAUCACAGAAGAGAACGUGAUGUGGAACUAUCGUUACCAUGUGAUGAACGAAGAGGUGAGAUUCGUGCAGCCACAAGUUUACGCGUGGAAAACGGAGACUUUCCUAGAGCGCGAAUACCGCGAGUCUGAGGGGGAAAAGUUGUCGUCGGAAGAUCUUAGUACAGCGUGCUUGCAAAUGGGUGCAGGUGCGUCAACGGCGAUCAACCAUGUGAUCAGAGAUGCAAGCCUUGCGAAUGGCGCAGCAGGUGGUCCGUCUAAAAUCAUGAAUCCACCAGUAGCUUAUCCUGCAAACACUGCUGCUCCAGCCCUCGGCUACCACUCUCGGACUCCACAGUUUUACUACCAAAGCCUGCAAGAGAAUCAACAGAGAAACGGCGCACGUUCUAUCUUCUCCCCUCCAUCGACAUCAACAACUAUUGGAAACCAGACGAACAACGCGGGGUUACCGAAUGCUGCUGUCCCGCCAACGAUGCGUGGCAAGAUCGAAUCUCAAAUUAGUGCAAAGACAACGUCCUCCACGGUGGUCACCGUCCGCGAUCUUCAUGAAGCAGCAGCAUCUUCCCGGUCUACUAAAGCCGCUUUUCGUUCUUGUUCUUCCUUCAUCGAUACUUCAUCAACGUCAGCACAUCAACGUUCGACUCACUUCACCGCUGAAGACGGACUACCCGAAACGUCUUCUGCCUCCUCCACUUCGAGUGCGACAACUUCUAGUUGCGCUCCAACGCCUACCUCCCUCCACCCUGUGCAGCAACCGCGUUCGUCUCUCUAUCCCAGACCCGGCAAGCGGAGCUCCGAAGACUUACAGUAUUUGGCCAGGAAAAAGGAUGAGGACUUCAUUAAUUUGAAGAAUAAUGGAGCACAUCCUCUACAUCAGCAAUUAGGAGCUGAACAACAACAUGAACUUGAAGAUCAUGCUCAGGUAGAUCUGGCACCAGAAGAGCUAGUAGGAAAAAGCCACAGUGGUCUAGUUCACGUGCGUCAGCUCGAAUGGGGCAACCGCGGUCAUACGGAGGCUCUGCUAAGCGAGUACGGCAAGGUCGAUUUCAUCAUCGGCUCAAGCUUGUGCUACGACGAGGAUCACUCCGUCGCUUUACUCGACACUCUCUUAGCGUUGGCGCAGCCAGCACGUUUCUGGACCAAGACGGAGCUCUACUUCAUGCAGAACGCUCUGCGGCAGAUGGAACAAUCUAAGAUUGACGGCAAUAGCGCACUUUUAGGAAACGCUGUUCUUGAUAACGACACGAACACGAAGAAGGUAGCAAGCUCUAGCUCAAGCACAACAACUUCCACGACCUCCUCAUAUUCAAGUCAAACUCAGCAUCAACUUCAACAACAUGCAGUUGUACACGAAAACCUCCUGCAUGAUGAACAUCAUUUAUUGGAAAUGUCGGAAACUAGUUUUGAUAACCAGACGAGCAGCACUAGCAUCAAUAUGAAGAAUACAAACAAUGAUAUGGUGCAACUCCUGGAUACCUUGUCCGAGGCAACGAAAGAGGUAAUUCGUUUAUGGCAUCCAGAUUUUAAAGUCCGCGUUGAGCCGCGUGAGUCGGAAGCACAAAACGUGGAAGAACAGGUGGAUGAGUUUGAUUAUGACGCAGAACAGGUUGACGAGAAAAAUAUCGAAACUAGAUCUGACGUUGUUGAACAAGAGAAUUCAAAAGCAGAAACUGCAAGAAGUGAAGCGAACCAAGAACUACGCGGAAAUGUCUCACCCCAAGAUCGUCUUGCGGAUGCCGCCAGUACGCGGGAGAAAGGUGAUCAAGAACGGAAUGUUGCCGCUGCUGUAUCUUCACAAGGUCUUGAUCACGAAUCCGCUCAAAUCACAGCACAAAGCAGAGAUGAUGCCGGAGAGCAGGAACCGCAAUUAGUAGUACAACAAGACCUGGCUCCUCCUGUAGAUGAAGGUCAACUUCAGGAACGUCAAGAUGAAGUUUGCUUGGAAACAAAUCAUAGCAUGGUGUACAUGAGAAGCGGGACGGUGCUCAUCCUAGCGUUGGAGCAGCGCGACCGAGACCUCGACAACUUCCUCAAAUAUGCGAUGCGUUACGUGGAUGAUGGUCGACUGGUGAUGAAACUAGUGAAGACUCUGCGCGGAACACACACUUACGCGUCGCCCACCAAGAUAUACGAGUGUUACAUCCCUUUUCGGACUACUUGAUUUCUCUCUUUAUUCAUAUUUUGAAUAUUUCUGAACAAACGAGCUACUCGUUGCCUGUUGCACUGGAAACGAAGACGAAUUCAUGGUCAUUUGGCAGGUUAGACAUAGAUUUGAUAGAAACUAUACAGUUCCAGUUUAGUCAUAGUCGAGUGUAUCUCUAUCUGUCAGAAUCAAAAAAAAAAAUGCCCAAAGAAUUAGAAAUUAGAGCAUCUUUGUCUUUGUAAUGCACCCAUGCUUACAUUAUCGACGAUGAAUGAACAAAAGUUGAGUACGAUGCUGGAUGAAGCUUAGCAUGAAAGAAGUGAUUGUACUUUUAGACUGAGAAAGCCCCCACCCAUCUUUACCUCCUGAUCUUAGAAUAUGAACACUUGAAGGUGCCCUAGAUCUCCCUUUCUGUUUAGUAUGCAUGUUGUAGAUGUUUACUUUUUCUAUUUCUUCAUGUUGUCACUCAACAGUUUCCAGCAGCCGCAACAGCCAACAUCGCCUACUCCUCCUGCUCAGAAACUGUGACUCAGAUUGUUGCUGUUGAUUCUUGAUUGAAGAACUGCUACAACUCCCAUAACUAUCGAAAUAGUACUACAUCAAAGAAAGAACUAAUAAUAGUGAAAAGUUUAUUACCAUAUCAUGAAUAUGAUCAUCAUGAUUACAGGCAUUCUUCAUUCUUCAUCUUGUCUUCAUCUUCGUCCUAUUCCAAAUAUGAUCAGCUGUCACCGCAGCCUUCGACGCUGAAGAUUCUGACAUGGAAAAUAAGGGCAGCCACAGCCUUGAUGACGUCGCCAACGCUAGGUGUUGUUGUGAUCGAUUCUUUUUUUACUCGCAUUUAUUAAUUUGUGUAGCAUUCUUUUCAUGAUCGAAAAAAAAAUCUGAAGAAGAGUCUUAGCUUGUCAUUGUAAGGACUUGUAAAUCUUCUAACAUCAUCAGGGUAGAAAAUUUAUUUAGAAAAACCAUCAUCUUCAUCAUGAUUCGACUUGUUUAACAAGCUGGAAAUAACGUGUGCUCAUCAUUUUUAAGAAAAUAGAUCACCCCUCACGCUCGACGUUACCUGGCGCAGCCGAGAUUUUUAUCGCUUCUGCGUCUGCCAAUGCCGCUAGUAUUUCAUCUUCCGACUCGAAAAUGUGUGUGUGUGUGUGUAAAAAAGCCGACGAACACGAAUUGUCAUUUAUUGUUGUAAACUUAAACAUCUGACGUUGUAUAAUUUCCCUCCCAUCUUCUCAGGACGUAGAGGUGCGGCAGUCGGGGAGGUUGGCAUCCGUAAUAUAAGGAGGCUAAUGUACUUACUCCACCUGCCGCCGGUUUGCGAACUGGAUAAAACUGGGGUCACCCUUCCGGCGGUCUUCGCAUACAAAAAAAAAUGGCGGCCAAC